AUGUUGUUCCAGGUUGUAGUACUUAUUCCAGAAUCUGAGAAAAAUUCACCACUCAUUCAAGGCUUCAGUACUGUUAUACAAGCGCUAGUAGCAAAGUCUAAAUGCUCAGAUUUGCUCUGUGGUGAGAAAGAAGUGCAGGCUCUGACGCAACAAUGGUUAGAGUAUGUCGCAGUAUGCGUCAAUCAUGCUGACCUUUCUAUCAAUGCCAAGAGAGUAUUAAAUGAAUUAAAUAUAGUAUUGAAAGAUGUACCAUAUAUAACUGGUACAGAGAAGACUAUUGCAGAUGUCACGUUGUACUACAUCUUGCACUCUAUCAUGAAAGAAUUAAAUCGACAAGAGAAAGCUCAAUACAUACAUGUAUCGAGAUGGUUUGACAAUAUUCAGCAAGAAGAGAGGUUGAGACGAGAUUUGGAUAUGAUAUCUUUUAAUUUAUUACACCUAUUUCUGUAAUAUAAAUCGACAUUUUAAAAGAGGUAAAUGAUUAGUUUGACUUUUAUAUUUUGAUAAAAAUAUAAUUGUUUGAUGCUCUUUUAUCUGAAAACAAAGCUUUGAAAAGUAAAAAUUAUUACUUGAUAAUAUAAAAAGAUUUUUAACAAAUUGGAGAAUCUCAUAUAGAUGAAAUACAAUAAUAUGAGUCAAUGUGAUAGAAAAAGUGAUAUAAAAAUUUAAUAUUUAGUAGAUUUG